UCGCAAGCUUAAGUUGUGGGUGUGUCCCGUUAUAUCACAACGGGGUUAGAAUGUUGCAAGUAUAGGAAGCAAAUAUCUGUAAAUCUCUUUCACUGUGUAAUGGCGGCAACUUAAGCCAAUAUAACAAAUCUUGAACCGCCUCUGGACUUGUAUAUCUCUAUUUGUGUCUCUUUUUGUAUGUAAAUAUACAAGAAACAGAAAAGUUUUUCAGCUUUGGCACUACCUAGCUAGCUUUAUAAGCCCUGGCCGGGGUUUUAGCUUUACAUAUUUUGGAGUUUACUAUAGUGAUUAGAGAGCACUUUUUUUGUUGUUGUUUGGGUUUUGUGAGAAAAUAUGGGGAACCGCGAAAACACUGAGCUUCUGGAUUUGAAGAUGAAAACUACUGAAUCUUCGUACCCUUAUAAACGGACCCUGUUCAUGCCCCCUUCUUCUCAUCCCCACUUUUUUACUCCUUCUGGGAAAGAGACUAGUGAUGAUGGAGUCGGCGGCGGCGAAAGUGGGCCCGGAAAUUUUGUGGGGAGCGAUAUCUACGAUGUUGUUGUGAACUCAGCCGCUGCACAUCCAUCAAGACCUUUGCAACAACCUUUCAACACUGGUGCUAGAGGAAGCAUGGGCCUAAAAGCUCCUUUUACAGCCUCGCAGCUGCAGGAGUUUCAAAGACAGUCCAUAAUAUGCAAGUACAUAAUGGCCUCUAUGCCUGUUCCUCCCCAGCUACUCCUUCCCUUGCCUACUCACCCAUCUCCAGCUCACCAUCCUCAAUCUAACACAUCGGGUUUGGAUUUGAAGUUCUCAAGUGGGUCGGAUCCAGAGCCAUGGAGGUGUAAGAGAACAGACGGGAAGAAAUGGAGAUGCUCCAGAGAUGUAGCUCCGGAUCAGAAAUAUUGUGAACGACAUGCCCACAAAAGCAAACCCCGUUCAAGAAAGCCUGUGGAAAUUCACACUGCUAACAACAAUAAUUCCAUUCGACACCCUACUAAUCCCAAAUCUAACAACCACCACACUUUUCAGUUUCCGACGGUGCAGCUCUCUGCUCCGUCCGGUGACCAAACCAGGUGUAUUGAGUGGUUAGGGAGAGGAGACAGAAGUGGUACCAUCCCUGUCGUUAAUACUUGUAACCAGCAAAAUUUGCAGCAACUCAUGCAGUCAUCUUCUGGAAUGGGAUUCAAUACUGACCAAAACAGAAGAAAUUCACCUGCAUUUCAAGUUCAAGACGAGCCAAAAGUAUAUCCAAUGAUGAACUUUAAUCAGUAUAUGUCUAAUAGCAGCAAUGGCGAGGCAUUGGGAAGUCAAUUAAAGAAUGCAGAGUGUAACGACUCGGUAAGGGACCUCAUGGAUGGUUGGUCAAAAGACGGGCUUAGUGAUGGUAUUAGCAACAAUGGCUCUUUUACUUCGCUAACACUUUCGAUGUCUGGUUGGAAUCGUGGAAUGGAUGAUGAUAACGAACACGGGCAAGUGAGCAUUGGGAUGAUGGAUUCUGAGAGAAGUGGUGAUGAGAUUUUGAGGUCCCAGUGGCUUAACCCUGGUUCAUGGAUGAGUUCAACAGCACCUGGAGGACCUUUGGGUGAAGCAUUGUGUCUUGGAAAUGCCUCUAGUUUACCUUCACCUCAUGGCUAUAGCAAUAGCACUGCUACCAGCAGCUGCAGCUUUGGUUCCUGCGAGAAUGGUAGCCACGGACUCGACUUCAUCGGGUGAUCAUGCAAUCUUGGCAUCUUGUAAAAUGGUGAAAACAUGCGACGUCCAUCUUGAUUAAUUCUUUGAGUAAAAGAAUUUGGGAAAAUCGACAGUUCUGGCUUUUUGUUCAAUUUCAGUUUUAAGUUUCACUCACUCGGUAUGCAUUGCUGUUAGUUAGCUACUAUUGCUGCUUCUCCAUAUAUAUACAAUCUCAGUGAUUAUCCGA